AUGCCGUUCUUUGAGAUAGUAGGUGUGACACCGACAAAUCAGAAUUUCCUCGUCGAUUACGUGUUCAUGCACAACGAGUGCACGGCAAGCUAUCGAUGGGUUUUGCAGAGACUGGGAGACUUGAUUGGGUAUGAUAGGGAACCGUCAGUUUUUUUGAUAGACCGUGAGCUUGGGCUAUGUGCGGCAUUGAGAGAAGUGUUUCCAGGGACCCCGCACUUACUAUGUCGAUGGCACAUUAACAAAUAUGUGGAGGCUCGAGUCACUAAUAUGUUCAAAAACAAGAAGAUCGGUGCGAGUUUCAAAAACAAGAAAUGGAAACGUAUCAUGGAUGCUGCAACCGAGGAGGAUUAUAGUGCUGUUGUACAAACAAUGAAAGAUCGGUGGACAAGUUAUCCAGCGGUGAUACAAUAUGUAGAGAGAACAUGGCUUUGUCAUAAAACCAAGUUUGUGACAUUUUGGACAAACCAAGUUCUGCAUUUUGGCAACACAAGCACUUGCAGAGUUGAGAGUCAACAUUCGGCCGUGAAGAUGUGGUUUGAAUCUUCGACAGGUUCUUUAGAUACCGUAUGGGCCCGAGUUCAUUGCCACAUUGGUAAUCAGAUCAUCGCAAUUCGUAAUGGUUUGGAGGCGUCUAGGUCGAAGAUUGGUCAGAAGUACCGACAAUUGCAACUGUCACGUAUUAAUGGCAAGGUGUCUCAGCAUUGUUUGAAGGUUCUCGACGACAAGAGGAAAAGGAUGAGGGAGCUGAGUUAUCAGGUGUAUGAGCGAUGUGGAUGUGCAAUGCGUGUGACCCACGGUUUGCCGUGUGCUUUCCAGAUACAUGAUUCUCUAGCUGCCGAGAUAGGCUUGUAUACCAGGAAAAUUCACCCGUUCUGGAAGACCUUAGUUAUCGGUGAUGGUGAUGAUGUACCGGUGUUCGGUAACGACUCGACCGAGGACGCCACACAUUUUCGUUUUCUAGUGGAUGAGGUAAUCGGUAGUGAUCCUGCUGUUCUUCGAAAUGUAUCUCGCAUCAUUGAGGAGGAGCUGCAUCCGAAUCAUUCAAACCUUGGAGAUCCUGCUGUAAACCACAACGUUCGUGGUCGACGAAGGAACAAUGAUGCAAGACGUGAUCCUUGUUAUUUCGAACAUGUAAACCGUCGAAACACUCAACGUGAAGAUCCAUGUGACAUCAGCCAAAGCCGGUAUCGACACUUUCUUCCAGGACCGAUAUUGCCUUACAUCACAGGAUGGAAGGAUGUCAUUGGCGAUGGUAACUGCGGCUUUCGUUGUGUGGCCGACUUCUUCUUCGGUGACCAAGGGAAAUGGUAUGACGCUCGAGAAACAAUAGCUAACGAGGUCUUUGGUUAUCCAGUCCUGUACGAAAGGAUUUACGGGCUUGGAAGGCUUGGGAUGAAUGUGGAGCGUAUUAGAUGGGACGGUGGGGCGGUUGAUUCCCGUCAUUGGAUGGUUGCAAUUCAAGAUUUAUUUCCUAUUGCUACUUGGUUCAACGCAAUGGUAGUUAUUCUUGGUGUAGGCCAAGUACCAACCUAUUACUACCCAUGCCUCACGAUCUUGUCGUUGCGGGCACGAAGGACGGUCACAGCACCUGCCCGAGAGUUUGUGAUUGCUACAGUUGGGGGCUCACAUUUUAUCCGUAUUGAUCUUGCACCAGAUUCACCACUUCCCCCGAUUGCAUGUUGGUGGAUCGAGCACCACGAGCCAAGUGUUGACGGUUGGGAUCAGCGUUAUGCAGUUAGACGGAACAUGUGGGAUGCGUUAAUUAGAUAG